CGCCCUGACUUCUCCCCCUCCAGCUUUUAUUAUUAGAGAAGAAGGCAAGGAGGAGGAGGAGGUGGACGGAGAGGGCUGCGAACCCCGCGCUUUCCUGGAGAGCUCCGGGCCAAGGGCGCGUGCGUGCCUCCGCGCGCGCGCGUGCAUUCCGCCGCGUGCCAUCCCCCUUUCCCUUCUUCUCCUUCAUCCCGCGCUUGCCCUCCUCCUCCUCCUCCUCCUCCUCUAGGACCCGCUGCUUCGUUCUGAUUGGCCGGUUGGGGUCCCGGCCAGGUGUCGGCAGCAGCGAGAAGAGGGCACUGGGCAGCGAGUGCGGAAAAAGGGAGAAGCAGCAGUAGCAGCAGCCUCUUCCAGCGAAGGAGGCAUUUGCCGACCCCUCCCUCCCUCUUGAGGUGCUUCCUACCGAAGGAGACCCCUCUUCCUUCAGUCUGGGGAGGCUGCCCACUUCCUCUGCCCGGCGAGAGCCCAAGGAGGGAAGCCAAGCGUUGGGACGCUGUCCACCUCCUCAGCUGCAAAGGUUCUUCAGCUAAUUGAUUGCACCGAGGAUAGAACUGCUUAAUCAUGGGGAGGAAGCUGGACUUAUCUGGCUUGACAGAAGAUGAAGCUGAACAUGUCCUUCAGGUAGUCCAACGGGAUUUCACCCUCCGCAAAAAGGAAGAAGAUAGACUGAGUGAAAUGAAGCAGAAGCUUGAUGAAGAGGUCGACAAGUGCAGCAUCCUUUCCAAGCAACAGAGGUUUAAUGAGCGCUGCUGCAUGCGUUGCUGCUCCCCUUUUACUUUUCUUAUCAACACAAAGCGACAGUGCCAAGACUGUAAAUACAACAUCUGUAAGAACUGCAGCUCGUACCAGAGGAAGGAGAAAACCUGGCUCUGCAAUGUAUGCCAGCAAGCUAGGCUCUUAAGGGCUCAAUCCCUGGAAUGGUAUUACAAUAAUGUGAAAAGUCGUUUCAAGCGUUUUGGAAGUGCCAAAGUCCUGAAGAACUUGUAUAGAAAACAUCGGUUGGAGACUGGAGCUUAUUCUGAUUUACUAGAAGUAGGAAGCAUAUGUGAAGGAACCAUAGAAAAUGAGGGAAGCAUAUGUGGCAGUGACUCUACUUUCUACAGACAGUCAGAAGGACACAGCAUGAUGGAUACCCUUGCCGUGGCUUUACGCGUUGCAGAAGAAGCAAUAGAAGAAGCUAUCUCUAAGGCAGAGAUGUUCAGUAACAACAGUUUGGACAAACAAAAUGAAGCUCGUUACUUGCGAGACCAUAAGGAAGAGCUCAUUGAAGAACUUGCUACCACCAUCGUCCAGAAGAUUAUAAGAAAGCAGAAGAACAAAACUGAGCAAGUGGAGGCUGGAACUGACUGGCCACAGUCCAGAAGCAGCAGUGGCCCAACGUCCGUUACUCUUUCAGAUCAGAGCAUGCUGACUUUCCCGGGGAGUCGUAGGGGAUCAUACACAUUAUGGAGGUCACAGUCAGCAUUCUCACUGACUACUGAAGAAGCUGCAAGCAGAGACGUGGACCUUGCCUCUUCUGUGCCUGAGUCUCUCUGGAAACAACCAAAAGCCCCAGUCAGGCCCCAGAAAGACCACAGGCUGUCUGCAUUGCCCAGCUGGAAGAGCGUGGAUCGAUUAAAUGAACCAACUUUCCCUCCGGUUUUAGAAAGUACUGAUGGAAAUUGGGUGGCCUUGCAAAAUGUCACGUUGCCUCAUCCCCGAAUGCUUGCCAAACCAAAAAGCCAAGUAUUUAGAGUUUUAGAAAAUGAAUCUAGUGUUGUGUCUGCUUAUGAUGAAAUGGGCUCAGAAAGCGAAGAUGAUUAUGACUGGAAUGUGGCUUUGAACAAACUACGCCGGAGGCCGAAGCAGCCGUCAAACCCAGCUGAUUCCCCAUGCAAUACUGAGUGGACUUAUGGAAAUGAACUGCACCAGCCAGUGACCUCACCUUCAUCUGGACUAUUUGCCAAUGAGACAAUGUGCUCCGAUUCUGAAACGUCAUCCAUCAAUUCUUCAAGGGAGGCUAGGGGAACUAGCCGUCCUCCUUGGAUACAAAGGAGAACUUGUAACAAUACAUCCCGAGAGGAUAAAGCACAAUUACAUGGAGAGCUAGAUGUAAACUUCAAUCCACAGACUACCAGUUUAGAUUAUUCUGAUAGCAGUGAGAGCGAGGAAGCCUAUCACGACUUAGAAAAGAGAUCAAAGAGGUGGAAGAAAAGCAAGGCUCUCUCUGAAGAUGUAUGUAGAGGCAAAAAUCGCACAAAAACACACAAGAAGACUUUGAGCACAAGUCAGGCAUCUGAGGAUUUAUCAGAAACUGACAUAAGCAGUGAAGAUCAACAGCAUCAAACCAUGGCAGACCCUUUGGAAGAAAAGCUGAAGUCAAGAUUAUAUGAACUGGCUGCAAAAAUGAGUGACAGCAGGGAAACCUCUUCAGAGGAGCAAGUGUCAGAACCUAGAACAGAAUCUGAGACUCAGAAAUCCUGUGUAUCUUCAGAAGAUAGUGGUAAAUGUGUUCAGGAUGAGUUAAAGAAGGAAAAACAAAAGGCAUUUGAUCUCCAUCUAAAACUUCAGUUUUUAACUUCAGCACUUCAGCAGAAAUACUCUGCUGUAUCUCUUUGCAACAUAUCCACUGAAGUUCUAAAAGUCAUCAAUGCAACAGAGGAGCUCAUAGCAGAAUCCACAGGAACAUGUGAUUUCCCAGCAGAUGCCCACGACAAAGGAAAAGGGGAGUUUCCAUUAGGCACAGACCCUAUCAGACUUGAUGAGCAACUCACAACACUGGAAGAAAAUGUCUAUCUGACAGCUGGCAGUGUUUAUGGUUUGGAAGGUCAGCUAAAUGAGUUGGAGGAAGCAGCACGUGAAAUUAACAGCAUUACUGCUGAAUCUGAACUGGCUGAUCUAGAAGAUCAAGUGGCAACAGCAGCAGCACAAGUUCACCACGCAGAGCGUCAGAUUUCAGAUAUUGAAAGCAGAAUUUCCGCACUUACAGUAGCAGGCUUAAAUGUGGCUCCAUGCAUUCAUUUGACAAGAAAACGUGAACAACAGCAGACAAAUCAGAUGCACACAAUAGACACAUCCAGACAACAGAGACGAAAGCUUCCUGCUCCACCAGUGAAAGGUGAAAAUGUGAAUGUCUCUCCAGUUACCCCUGUUAAAACAUUUAACAGGAAUUUUAUACUUCAAGGAUCUUUGACACAAAGAACAAAAAUGGAGAGGAAAAGUACUGCCAAGGAUUUGAAGGAACCAACUAUAGGGUCUGCUGUAAUGUACUAGAAUUGCAGAAUUUUACUGCCAAUAACACACUGCCUAAGGCUGCAAACUAGAGUGCCUUUAUAUAACAGCCAUUGUAUACAUCCAAUUGAAAAAUGGACCCUCAAGAACCCACAAUGCCUCAGUAAUAGGGCUUUGUUUGGAUACCUCACUGAGCAAGCUGUUCAAGUCUUCAGCAUUGUGGUCUGCUGUUUGAAAUUCUGCCUUAAAAGUUUUCAAGAGACUCUAGGAAGGACAUUCAACUUCAUAUAAGCAAGAUUCCACAUUUUGCAAUGCACUUUUCCUCACAUUGUCAAUUGUACUAAAGUAUGUUGUCUUGAAAAUACGUUAUGUUUUGUAGUCUUAAUUCAUCCAUUAAUGUUGAUCAAGGUCUUAUGUGGAAGUCAAGGAAAAAGUCCAGUCAUCCAUCCUGUGAUCCAUAUAUCCUGGGAUCUUAUUGUUCACACAGUUAAAUCUAUAUGAUGUUGCCAGAGCAAUAAGAUUUCCAGGAGUAACCGGUACUCCUGAAACAGAUUGUGAAGAGGCAUAAUAACCAAGGAGAAGAUUGAAUGCUGAAGGGGAAAGCAGUUUCCCGUUUGGGAUUUCUUCUUGCAUUUCAUUACAGCAUCCUCUGCUCGGCAGCACAUGAAUGUCCUAAGUGCAUAUGUUUGCUGGUUAAGUACACUUUACCCUAAAUACAUUGGAAACCACAUCCAUCCUCAAGAAUUGCCAAUCUAGUUGUAUUGCCAACUGAAAUCAGUCCAUGCCAGUCAGUCUUUUUGCAACCUAACUUAGCUCAGGAGUGAACAUUCAAACUAGUUUAUCAACUUUACUUCCAAAGUUAUAAAUAAUGAAUUUUUAAAAAUGAGCUUGGCAAACAAAAGUGAUCACCCUAUAUGUUUUGAGAAGUGCAUAAUGGUGGUUUAAGGACAAUAUUGGGCCCUUGCACACAGCCCUAUAUUCCAGAAUAUCGAGGCAG